AUGGAACUAGAUGAUGUAUCAUUUCAGUUCUUACAAGAAAUCACAGAUGGUUUCUCCAUGGAGCGGAUACUUGGUGAAGGAGCAUUUGGAGUUGUUUACAAGGGAGUGACUGAAAAUGGUGAUGCUGUUGCUGUGAAGAAACUGAGGCUUCGUGAUGGCAAGCUUGGCUAUAAGCAGCUCCAAAAUGAGUUCUAUAACCUCAAGAAACUCAAGCAUGAAAACAUUGUACAGAUUCUUGGCUAUUGUUAUGAAACAAAGGAAAUAACUUUAAUCAUGCCUGAUGGAAGUAAGAUAUCUGCUGAUGAGAGAUAUACAACGCUCUGCUUCGAGUAUUUGCACAAUGGGAGCCUUCAAAAGCAUCUUUCUGAUGAGUUUAGUGAACUUGACUGGCACACACAGUUUAAAAUAAUUAAGGGGAUUUGUGAUGGUCUGAAGUAUAUUCAUGUGGAGAAGGAAAAACCAAUUUACCACUUGGACCUAAAACCUGAUAUCAUAUUGCUAGAUAAGGACAUGGUUGCAAAGAUUGCAGAUUUUGGUUUGUCCAGGAUCUUUGGUAACGAACUAACAUGGAUCACACAAAGUCCCUACGGAACACUGUAA